CAGAAGAUGGGCAAUUGCUGCAGUCGCUUCCCAAGAGUGACAUGGGGGACGUGUGAGUGGUCGUGUUGCUGUCCACGACAGCAAGACGACCACUCACACGUGCCCCAUGUCGCUGAGGCCAAGGCAGAGCCCCCGGCUGAGACCAAGGAGCAAGCCAAGGAGAAAGAGAACGCCAAGGCUGUUGAGGAGGCCCUACAUGCUCCUGCGGCUGAGGAGGCCAGGAAGGCACCCGAGGCACCCGAGGAGCCCAAGAAAGAGCCCCCAGCCGAGGAGGGAGAGGUGGCCGAGCCCUCAGCGCCACAGGAGGAGGGCCCACCCGAGCAGCAGGAGGAGGCAAUGGUUGUGGAGAAGAAGGAAGAGCAGAAGGAGACAUCGGAGACCAAGUCGGAGAGGUGCGACGAGGAGACCUCCCCCGAGGAGCCGCCGGCAGGGGUCAAGAGCCGGGCGCCCGACAUGAAGGAGACCAAGGAUGAACAGUAAGUGCACAUGACACACAGUGUGCAACACAGCACACUGUACCACGACGUCAUUCUGUCUGUCUGCCUGCCUGUCUGUCUGUCUGUCUGUGUAGGAACGAGGCGGUGUUGCUUACGUUGAAGGGCAUUUUGGACGAGCUGACGACCGUAACGUUCGACCGGCUCUACCAACAGAUACUCGACGCUGGAAUCACUCAAAACUCUGAGGUGAGUCGGCGAGGGAGUCAGGAAGAGGCAGGGAGGUCCCGUGUGUGUGUUUGUGGAUGCAUGUCAUGUGUGUGUCGAUCAGAUUGAGUCGCUCGUGGGGAUGGUCUUUGAGAAGGCCACCACGCAGCACGACUUCAUUGAGGUGCCCACCCACCCACACACACACACUCUGUCUGUCUGUCUGUCUGUGUCAUCGAUCAAUCAGAUGUAUUCGCAGCUGUGUGUGCGUCUGAAGGACGAUCUGAAGGCCAUCAUGGACCAGGGGGGCCAGGGGGACAAGGCCGACGGAAACAAGGAGGGCACAGAAGAGGACAAGGAGUUCAGAAGGUGUGCACUACACUCAUCCAUUCUUGCAAGUGUCUUCUCCGUGGUUAUGCGUGUGUGUGUGUGUGCGUGUGUCGUCGCAGGGUGCUGUUGAAUCGGUGUCAGGAGUCGUUUGAGAAGUACCUUAAGCCGCCUGACAAUCUCAAGGACCUCACGGGUACCCUCCCACGCCCACCUGUCCAGAGCUCCAUCCAUUCACUCACCAUAAACGGCCCUCGGCCAUCUCCAUGCCAUGUGUUGUGUCGGUGCAGGUGGCGCUUUCGCGGUGGCUUACUUCGAUUCUUACUACCAGAUGCUCGGCAAUUUCAAGUUCGUGGGUACGUGGAUGCCACACCUUCGUUGACGCAGCAGACACGCACACACACAGCUCACCUCUCUCUCUCUGUCUCUCUCUGUCUCUCUCCCUCUCUGUAUGUGUGUGGUGCAGGUCAGUUGAUGAUGGAUGGUAUGUUGAGCGCCAAGGCGCUCUUUGUGUACCUCGACGAGCUCUGGGACCACGGCGAGAAGCAGGGCAAACAGGGAGAGGCACAACUCGUAAGAUACCGACGCACACACAGAGCACCCUCCAUCCAUCCAUCCAUACCUCGGUGUGUAUGUGUGUGUGCAGGAGUGCGUGUGCACCUUCCUCAAGACCAUCGGCCCCGUAUACAACAUGGCGCAAUACGUGAGCAGCCACCCUUACACAACAUAUCUACUGGCCAUCUGCCCCUUCAUGCAUCUGUGUGUGUGUGUGUGUGCCAUCCAUCCAUCGACCCAUCGAUGCAAUGGAACCAGCGAGCGGAUCUGCAGCAGUGGUUCCACAAGCUAGCGGAGAAGUCGCGCGACGCAACCCUCGGCAAACGUGUUAGGCGCCUCAUGAAGGUACGUGUGCGUCCGCACCGAGGCAGACAGACAGACAGAGGCGCCAUAGACAGAAGAUUGUAUGUCUGUGUGCAUGUUUGGCUAUGUUGGCUGGUUGGCUAUGGUGGUUGGUCGUAGGAUGUGUUGGAUCUGCGAACCGACGGUUGGCGCCAGGUGGUGAAGCCGGGCAAGGUGCAGGGCCCCUCCAAGCUGAGGGACAUCCACAGACAACACGUCGAGGAGGAGGGAGAGAACAUCGAACUCAGAAACUAAACCUGGUGCGAUUGCCCCUGCCCCCAAGACACACAAUCAUCUCUCUGUGUGUGUGUCUGUGUGUGCAGGAGUCGCGCGGGUUGGCUCCCCCAUCGGAGGAGGGUGUGUUGCCGACCCCCAGCGCUGGCCCCAAGCCCCCCGCCGCCGCUGCUGCUGCUUCUGCCAGUGUAGGCGAGACAACAUAAGACAACACACCGCAUUUUCUUGCCGAUGAGUGUCACGUUAGUGUGUCUCUCCAUCUCUCUCUGUUGUGUUCGUCAGUCAUCCCGUCCCCAGGAGGCCUCUCGCGUCCAAUCCGGCACCCCCGGGCAGCCAACCAGGUACUGUAUGGCCCGCGCACCGCGUCCAUGCGCCUCGGCACUUGUGUCCCGCUACUGUACCUGCAACCACCGGAUGCCUUUCUGUCCGUGUCUGUUCUGUGCAGUGUGAUAACGUCCCGCCGUGUGAUCAAGGGCAGCGACCUGCGGGGCGAUCGCGACGACGAGCGGCGGGAGAGGCGGCAGCGUCGCGAGCGCGAGAAGGAGGAGAUGGCCAGGGGCACUGCCACCACCCCCACACCCCCGCCCACGCAGCCAACGGCCGCUGACGAGAGGUCCACGUCACCAACAGCUGCAGCAACAGCAGCAACAGCAGCGGGGGGUGGUGCAGAGGAGGGGACGAGCCCUCAGCCUGCGCCAGCGGCCCCUACUGAUGAGGACCGGGUAAGGCAAAGAGGCCGGCAGGUGAUGAGGUGGAUUCUUCAUUCCUUUCUCUGUUGGCUAAUGUGGGCGUGGUUCGGUCGUCAUGUCAGCAGGAUUUGGCCACGCCCGUGGGCGCCACCAACAACCGCGAGGCCACCAUCCACCUCAAGUCGAUCCUCGGCAUAGGGAGAAGGGACCUUCAUGACGGCGAGGAGUCGUCGGUGGCUGGCGAGGGAAAGGGCCGCAAGGCGUGGGCGGACGUGAGCGACGACGAGGACGUCCUGCCGCAGCACCACCAGCACCGCGGCGAGAGUGGAACCCCGCAAAGGCGUGACGGUAUGUCUGUGGGCGAGUUCAUCGAUGGACACAGCCUGGUCGAUCCCUCGUGUGUGCGUGUGGCUUGCUUGGUGCAGAGGAGGACGAGAAGGAGGAGGAGCGCUGUGGCGAGCGAAAGCGUGGCGGUGGCGGCGAUCGGCCCUCUCGUCCGCCGGGCAGGGACAGAUACGACGAGCAUGACGACAGACGUGAGUCGAGUCGAGUCGAGAGAGUGACACACACACAUUCAUUCAUUCAGACACUCAUACGACGACACGCAGACACAGACACGGCCAGGCGUCACAUGAUCUGGUGUGUGUGCAGGUCGUGGCGGUGGAGGUGGCGGUCGCGGCCCUCGCCCGCCGCUGGGGAGGGAGAGGUACCCGCCCGUCCCGGCAGCCGUAAGCAGUGUGAUCCAUCCAUCCAUCCAUCGAGUGGUUCGUGUGUUGGUUGGUCAGUAUAAAGGCCCGUAUGGCCUUAUCCUCGACAACAUCCACUACGAGGCCACCAAACGCGACGUGGAAGUCUUCCUUACACCUUGCAGAGUCAGACAGACAGCACAGCACAGCCACCCAUACAACCCUCCCUCCCACGCCCACCUUGUCUGUGCAUCUCUCUCUCUCUCUCUGUGUGUGUGUGUGUGUGUGUGUGCCGUGUGUGCGUGUGUGGCUGUGCAGGUGGACCACAUGAUGUUGGAAGCCGACCAUCGCAACCCUGUCAAGAACCUCGGCAGAUGUGAGCGACCACACACAUGCACACACCCCCAGGCGCCUCACCGCCUUGUCACAUGUCGCGCACACUCAGGUUACGUCCAGUUCGACAACCGUCGCGACUUUGAGGAGGCAUGGACAUACGAAGGCCGGGUGGGUGCGGACACACUCACACACAAUCUUCAAUCAGACGCAGGCACACACUGCCUCCAUCCAUGUGUUUCAGAUGAUGCUGGGUCGGAGAAUCCGCAUCAGCACCGCCGACGAGAUGAAAUACGCCGUCGGCGGCCGACUGGACCCAGCAGCCGCAAUCCGCUGCAACGACAACAACACUACCACCAGCAGCACCACGAGAGGCCGAGGGCGGGCCAACGGGGCCUUGUUGCAGAGGACGCCCAAUGGCAGAGGAGGGAGAGAGGGGCGCGGCCGAGGUCAGAAAUACAUACACAAACCAGAUAGAUGACAACCAAAACACCAGCUUAACCGCAUUGCAUUGCUUGCUGUGUGUUUUUGCCGUUGCUGUGUGUGCAGCCUGGCCGGGAAGAGAGUAAGGGUAUUUCUAUGUGUGUGUAGUGGAUUGAUUUGUCGCGUUGAUACCUAAUCUUUCUCUUUGUUGCCUAGUCAGUGCCUGGCUCCUUGCCCGCAUCGCCCGCCUGUUUUGCGUGUUUUGCUCACCUACCUUUGCCUGACCCUGACUGUGGCCGUGGCGUGGCUAUUUGCUGCAUCCUUCCGGUGCCGGCAUCCCAUCCUCCUUCCUUACCUCCUGUUGGCCUGCCUGCCUGGGUGUGUGUGUUAUUUGCCGGCCAGUCAGUUACAUCGUAUCAGUAGAGGGUGAGUGCCACUAUUGAUUGAAUAUAUAUGUUGAAACGAACAAACGGGUCUCUCUGUCUGCCUGUGUGUUUGCGUCUUGGUGGGGGCGUGGCGGGUGUCUGUGUCUGUGUGGCCGGAUGGAUGGAGUGGUGUACUUGAGUGUCUUUGUUGCGCCGCGGGCAGGGCUCCAUCCCUCUCCCUCUACCUCUCUUGCCUACGCCCGCGUCUGUUGAGUGCAAUACGUGCCAGUCCAUUGAGUCCGUGACACAGACAGCCAGACACACAAACAAACAGACAGACAGACAGACAGAGGGGUGCCGUCCCAUUGUAGCUACCCAUACAGACAGACACCCACACGCCCGUAUGCCACACCACGCCACACCAUGCACCGAACCAGCCAGGCAGCCGCUCGAGAGGCAUUAGGUGGAUGUCGUCUGUCUGGUGUGUUUGUGUGUGAUGUGAAUGGUGUGGUGUGUCGUGUUGUGCUGUAUUGUAUUGUAUUGUGCUGUGCUGCAUAGGACGUUCCUUCCUUCAUGCGCGCGUGUGUGAAUGGCUGGUUGCCUUGCCCUGCCCUGCCUGUCUGCGUAUGGAUGGAUGCCUGUUUGCUUGUGCCGUUUGCCUGUGAUCUGGGUGUCUGGCUGUCUUGUUGUCUUGCUAGUAUUUCUCGACUUCUUUGCUUUGAUUGGAUGUGUCUGACUAAUCUUUCUGG